AUGCUCUCCCGGUUCCUUAUCGCCCUUGCCUUUCAAGCAGCCUUCUUCACAACUGCAGCUCCUGCUGGAGCACCUAUUAUCUCGCUGGACGGAGGGACAUUCACGGGAGUGGCUGUAGGCUCGACCGAGAGAUUCCUCGGAAUACCUUUUGCCAAACCUCCUGUUGGCAAUUUGCGUUACCGAUUACCACAAGCCAAUGCACCAUAUCAAGGCUCUUAUGAUGCGACCAGUUUCGGCCCAUCUUGUCCGCAGAAAAGCACAGGCAUACCUGUCCUCAUUGGCCUAACUUCCCAGGCUGCCGAAGUUGUCGAUUCUGUUUACAAGAAGAUUUCCCCUGAUGCCGAGGAUUGCCUAACAUUGAACGUCAUAAAACCUGCAAGCACAACACCCACGUCGAAGCUCCCUGUUUUGAUUUGGAUUUUCGGUGGUGGCUUCGACUCGGGUAGUCCAACAAUUUACGAUGGAACCACUAUUGUGGCACGAUCCAUCACACUAGGUACCCCAGUCAUCUACGUUAGCAUGAACUAUCGGCUCGCAGGGUUCGGAUUUUUGCCCGGAAAGGAAGUCAAGGCUGCAGGUGUCGGCAAUCUUGGGUUGCAAGACCAACGACAGGCCUUCCGAUGGGUCCAGAAGUACAUUACUCAGUUCGGCGGAGACCCGACAAAAGUCACUAUCUGGGGCGAAUCUGCAGGCGCUAUCUCGGUUUCUCUGCACAUGGUUGCGAAUGGUGGUAAUACUGAAGGCCUGUUUCGUGCUGCCUUUAUGCAAUCCGGAGCUCCAAUCCCUGUUGGUGAUAUCGCGAACGGCCAAGAAAGUUACGACACCCUGGUCAGUGACACUGGUUGCUCUGAUGCAUCUGAUACACUGGCCUGUCUUCGUACCGUACCAUACGGGGCUCUCAAGGCCGCCAUUGACAAGUCUCCUAGAUUAUUUGACUACCAGCCUUUGCGCCUUUCGUGGCUCCCUCGCACAGAUGGGGUUUUCCUCACAGACAAUCCUCAAAGGCUAGUCCAGCAAGGCAAGGUUGCUAAGAUACCUUACGUCACUGGCAAUUGUGAUGACGAGGGCACCCUCUUCUCGUUGUCGUCGCUGAAUGUCACGACAGAAUCCCAGUUGAAAUCCUAUGCCAAGACUAUCUUCCUCCCAGGGGCGACCAACGAAGAAAUUGAGCAGCUUGCCACUCUCUACCCGGGAGACAUAACCGAAGGGUCUCCUUUUGAUACUGGUGUUCUCAAUGCAAUCACCCCUCAAAUCAAGCGCAUCGCGGCGUUUCAAGGAGACGGUAUUUUUCAAGCUCCUCGAAGAUGGAUGUUACAGAACACCCUCCCCUCCAACCCUAAUGUUUGGGUCUUCUUGAGCAAACGUAUGAAGUUUUUACCAGUCUUGGGAUCAGUCCAUGCAUCUGACAUACCUAAUGUCCUCGACCCAAACGGAAAAUCAGGCUUCCAAUGGCCGAAGUACACUCUGGGAUCUCGACAAUUAUUGACGUUCUUAGAUGGGUUCAUUCCUUUGACAAUAACCAGUGACACUUACCGAGAAGCUUCCAUGAACUAUCUCACAAACAUCACUCUCACGUAUCCCGUCUGA